CACACACACACACACACAGUGACACGCAAACUGACACUCCCCUUCUACACAAGCACCAACACACUGACUAACUGCCCAGCGCUGUCCAGCUGCCUGAAGCAGAGAGCCUGCUGUGUGGAUGUGUGCAACCCUCUGGACUUGGUGGGAGGGGGGAGAAGUUUCCCCAAAGACAAGCUGGGAUCACUGAGAGAGACGAUGCCUUCCUCCUCUAAACCAGUCUCACAAGCUGCUCAGUGGAUUUGCUGAUCCCCGAAAAUUAUUUUCUCCAAGUUAUUCAGCGGGACUGAGGAGAGAUUUUGAGCCAGAGGAUGCUCCCACAGGUCAUUCGGAUUCUGUAUGUCUUGUCUUUCUGCUUUUUCCAAGGAGGCUUUAUCAGACUGAGCUCCUGUAAGGAGGAGAUAAAGCCCCCCAGCAGGGCAGGACCACAGCUGUCACCCUCUGACUUCCUGGACAAGCUCAUGGGGAGAACGUCAGGAUAUGAUGCUCGCAUCAGGCCCAACUUCAAAGGUCCACCUGUGAAUGUCACCUGUAACAUUUUCAUCAACAGCUUUGGGUCCAUCACAGAAACAACAAUGGACUACAGGCUCAAUGUAUUUCUACGGCAAAAAUGGAAUGACCCUCGUCUGGCAUACAGCGAAUACCCAGAUGACUCCUUUGAUCUGGAUCCAUCCAUGUUGGACUCUAUCUGGACUGAUUUAUUCUUUGCAAACGAAGGAGCCAAUUUCCACGAGGUCACCACUGAUAACAAGCUGUUACGGAUUUUCCAAGAUGGCAGUGUUCUGUAUAGCAUCAGGCUGACUCACCUGUCCUGCCCUAUGGACUUGAAGAAUUUCCCAAUGGACAUUCAGACCUGUACCAUGCAGCUUGAAAGCUUUGGUUACACCAUGAAUGACUUGAUCUUUGAGUGGCUGUCUGAGAACCCUGUUCAAGUGGCUGAUGAUCUCACCCUCCCACAGUUUGUGCUAAAAGAGGAAAAGGAUUUGGGCUACUGCACUAAGCAUUAUAACACAGGUAAAUUCACCUGUAUUGAGGUGAAGUUUCAUCUGGAACGUCAAAUGGGCUACUAUCUGAUCCAGAUGUACAUCCCUUCCCUCCUCAUUGUCAUCCUCUCGUGGGUCUCUUUCUGGAUAAACAUGGAUGCCGCACCUGCCAGAGUGGGCCUGGGCAUCACCACUGUACUGACAAUGACCACACAGAGCUCUGGCUCCAGAGCCUCACUGCCCAAGGUGUCCUAUGUGAAGGCCAUUGACAUUUGGAUGGCAGUGUGUCUUCUGUUUGUGUUCGCUGCCCUGCUCGAGUACGCAGCAGUUAACUUCGUCUCGAGGCAACAUAAGGAGUUCAUCAGGCUGAGGAAAAAGCAGCGGCAGCAAAGAAUAGGGUUUGCCAGUCAGCCUGGGAGUGUUGAGUCGUUGCGAAAAGCGAAUGACAUCCCUGCUAACAGCACAACCUACAGGAGUCUGAAUCAGCACUGCAGCGCCUGUGCCAGGGAGGAAGAACUGGUGAGGGAGAGCCGUGGCUUUUACUUUCGGGGUUAUGGACUGGGUCACUGCCUGCAAACUAAGGAUGGUGCUGCUGUGGAAGGGGCCACCGUGUUCACCCCCCCACCUCCAGUCACCAUGUACGACGGAGAGGUGCUUCACAAGCGUUUCGUGGACCGGGCCAAGCGCAUUGAUACCAUAUCCAGAGCCGUCUUUCCUUUGAGCUUCCUCAUAUUCAAUAUCUUCUACUGGAUCACCUACAAAGUGCUGCGACACGAGGACAUCCAUGCAAAUUUGUAAAACGCUCUCUGCAAACCCCAGAUGUUACAUUUUGGUUUUUUUUUGUUUUUUCUCAGAACCAAAACUGCCUAUCAGAUCUACAUUACAGUGAAGAAAUGCGUCAAGAGGCAGAUUUGCUUCUUUAAACCACUGCUAAAAACUUUCUGCUCAGGUGCGUCUUCAGGAUCUCAGACAAAGAGUGAUUAAGAGGAAAGAAAAAGUUAAGCUGCGUGGAUUCAGGCUGGUAUUGUUUGCAAUUGCCCUCUCGUAUCUGUCUUGGUUUGAUUUUUGUCUGGAUUACAGCAGAGACAAAACACUGCUGGUUCUUGUGAGUUCAUGACGUUUGUUUGAGACGAGGAGAGUUCAGAGAAGUCGAUGUUGAUCCUGGCUGGAUGAGAUACACUGACUUGAAUUUUGACACUACGCAUCUCUGAAUGAAUGUUUUUGAAAAUUAAAAAAAUAAUGGGUUUUUUACAGCUUUAGAUUAUCAAAUGGGUACAAAUGGGUGUGGGGGGAGCAAAGGGUCUUUGAUAUUUAUGAAUAUUCAAUAAGUGGUGAUAAUUCAGUUUAGCUACUUGUAACAAGAGAUUAUAUAUAUAUAAACAGUGUAUAUAAAUAAUGUAUAUAAACAAAGCUGUUCAUUAAACUGCACAAAGCACAAAUAUGUAUUUCCUUUUGUCUAAAUUUAAAUAAAUUGUUAUUCUG